AUGGAUAAAUCUUGGAUUAAUGAAGAUAGGGAUACUUUAAAAUAUCAAUUGGGCGUUGAGAAUUUUUUGAUUUUUGCUGAAGAAAAUGCUAGUAACCGUAAAAGAAUUCCUUGCCCUUGUUCAAGAUGCGUGAACUUCAAAAAAAAGUCAAUUAGAGUCAUUAGGGGCCAUUUGUAUGCUUAUGGCUUUAGUUUGAGCUACACAACCUGGAUAUGGCAUGGAGAACCAAGUUUGUCCUCCUGUGGUAGUGCAUCUGGUGGUUUUGGCAUGCCCCAAAACCAUCAAGUUGGGUCUGAAACUGUAGACAUGUGUCAAGCAACUUUCAAUGAGGGUGAUUGUGAUGAGGAGCCAUAUGAGUUUAACAAGUUUUUUGAAGAUGCCGAGAGGCCUUUAUUUCAAAACAGUGAACGCACUAAGCUAGAUUCAUUGGUGCAACUUCAUAACUUGAAAGCUAGGUUUGGUAUGAGUGAUACUUGCUUUUCUGAGUUACUUCCCACUGUUGGGUCUUUGCUUCCUAAAGAUAAUGUACUCCCUCAAAGUCUAUAUGAGGCAAAGAAGACUCUCAACAAUUUAGGGCUGCAAUAUGAGAAAAUUCAUGCAUGUCCUAAUGACUGCAUAUUGUAUAGGAAAGAUUUUUCUGAUGAAGAAAAUUGUCCUAAGUGUGGUUUGUCUCGUUGGAAGCUAAAGAGGGAUAAAACAGUUAAAGUGGGUCAACCAGCCAAGGUGUUGUGGUAUUUUCCUAUAAUUCCUAGAUUUAAGCGUUUGUUCAAAUCUGCCGAAACUGCGGAAAUGCUUACUUGGCAUGAGGACAAGCGAACUAAGGAUGGACACAUGCGCCAUCCAGCCGAUUCUCCUGCAUGGAAGUUGGUAGAUUAUAAAUGGCCCGAAUUUGCUAGUGAAUCAAGAAAUCUGCGGUUAGCUUUGUCAGCUGAUGGUAUUAAUCCACAUAGUUCUCUAAGUAGUAGGUAUAGCUGUUGGCCCGUAAUAUUGGUGACUUACAAUCUUCCUCCAUGGUUGUGCAUGAAGCGGAAGUUUAUGAUGUUAUCUCUAUUAAUAUCUGGUCCGAAGCAGCCGGGAAAUGACAUUGAUAUCUACUUAGAGCCAUUGAUUGAUGAUUUGCAAAGGUUGUGGGAUGGAGUUAGUGACGUCUAUGAUGCACAUAGGAAGGAAUAUUUUACACUAAAAGCUGUUUUGUUGUGGACAAAUGGACAAUCAAUGACUUCCCCGCAUAUGGAAACUUAUCAGGGUGCACCACUAAAGGUUACAAAGCAUGUCCAAUUUGUGGUGACAAAACUUCAGCCACACAUUUGCCCCAUAGUAGGAAAAUGUCUUAUAGCUGUCACCGUAAGUACUUGCCACGUCAUCAUCCUUAUCGGAGGCAGAAAAAAGCAUUUAAUAAUGAGCAAAAAUUUGAAGUUGCUCCUCCACCGCUAUCCGGAGAGGAAGUGUUGA